UCUCGGCUGAGGGAGGAGGAGGAAGAGGAGGAAGGAGGAGCCGCCGCCGCUGCCGCCGCUCCCCCGGGCCGGCGCCGGGGAUGGUGUUGGCCGCGGCUGCCGGGCCCUGACGCCGCGCUCAGGUGGGAAGCAGCAGUGAUGCUAACUCUGGCAAGCAAGCUGAAGCGGGAUGACGGCGUCAGAGGCCCCCGUGCGCCCAGCGCAGCGUCGGACUCCACUCGCAGGGUGUCUGUCCGGGACAAGUUACUGGUUAAAGAGGUUGCAGACCUUGAAGCUAAUUUACCUUGUACAUGUAAAGUGAAUUUUCCUGACCCAAACAAGCUCCAUUACUUUCAGCUAACUGUAACCCCAGAUGAGGGCUAUUACCAAGGGGGAAAGUUUCAGUUUGAAACUGAAGUUCCAGAUGCCUACAAUAUGGUGCCUCCAAAGGUAAAAUGUUUGACAAGAAUCUGGCACCCAAACAUUACAGAGACAGGAGAAAUCUGCCUAAGUUUAUUGAGAGAACACUCAAUUGAUGGCACUGGCUGGGCCCCAACUAGAACCUUAAAGGAUAUUGUCUGGGGGUUAAACUCUUUAUUUACUGAUCUUUUGAAUUUUGACGAUCCUUUGAAUAUUGAGGCUGCAGAGCAUCAUUUGCGUGACAAGACACAGCUUGGCCCUGAUUGGCCAAAGAGUGAAAACAACUCCCAGCAGAAUGCAAUGAAACAAUCACCUGUGGGUGAACAAUCUCCAACCACAUUCCACACAGGAGAAGCAAAUGAGAUGAGAAUUGUUUUCCUUUUCUCUGAGGCUUCUCAGCAUCCCAGGAGAAAAGCUCUUAGGGGAAGGGAUUUUAUCAGAGAAUGUGAAUGCCACAGAAUAACGUGCCAGGAAUGUGGUGUCUGCCUGGCAUCCCUGCUGGCACAGCAUCACACUCUUGCUCAGCAUCUCUGUGCUUUCUGAGCACAAACCACCAGAACUCUGUGGUUUUCCCUGGACACAGAGGGUAUGGAAUUGCAGGCAGUCUGUGUGCACCUAAGCUGUAGCUGCUGAUGGCAGAUUUUUCCCACUUGAUUCCCCAGUGGAGAUGGCUGUGGAGCCCUCAUUGUAAGGAUUCAGGGCUCCUGGGGAGAGCUGUGGGCAGCCUGAGCCUGCCAGUGCCACGGGUGAGCCUUUCCCUGCUGUGCCAGGGUAACAGAGCUGUGCUUCCCUGCAGGAGGACUUUCGGAAUAAAGUGGAAGAUUACAUUAAGCGCUACGCCA